CAACAAACACUAGGAUUAUCAAUCUAAAAUACAACAGAAAUGACUGAAUCAGCUCCAGCCCAAAACGUCGAAACCAAGAAGACUGCCACAAAGAAAGAUAAGAAGGACAAGGCCAAGCCAGUUUCUAGAUCAAGCAAGGCCGGUUUGCAAUUCCCAGUUGGUAGAAUCCAUCGUCACUUGAAGCAACGUGUUCACUCAGGAUCAAGAGUUUCUGCUACUUCAUCUGUCUACGUUGCUGCUAUUCUUGAAUAUUUGUGUGCUGAAGUCCUCGAAUUGGCUGGUAAUGCCUCAAAGGAUUUGAAGGUCAAGAGAAUUACUCCAAGACAUUUGCAAUUGGCCAUUAGAGGUGACGAAGAAUUGGACAAGUUGAUUAAGGGUACUAUUGCCGGAGGUGGUGUUAUUCCACACAUUCACAAGUCUUUGAUUAAUGCUGGUGUUACCAAGCCAGCCACAAAGGCUUCUUCUAAGGCUUCAUCAUCAACUCCUGCUGCCGAAAGCAAGGAAGCUGCUGAACCAGUUCAAUCCCAAGAUUAUUAAUCUACUCCCAUAACACAUCUUUCAAAUAACAUCAACAACAAAACCAACCUAGAUAUGAAUUACCACUAAUUCCUUUUUGCCCUGUAUAUAUAAAACAGUCCACGAGACAAUAAAACUCUAAAUUAAAUAUUUAUGAUUAAA